GGCUUCGUUCCUGGUGCUUCAACGCGCCUGCGUCACCGUCUCCUGUUUCCGCCGGUCUGGCAGCAGCGGCGAAAGCAGCAACGGCAGAAGGAGGAGCGGCGGCACCGUUUGAAACGGCAGCGAGACCCCCAAAAUAGGGGCUCCGCGGAGGGAUGUGCGAACCUAGCAAGCACGAUUUGGCGACUGUCUUCAAGCGGCUCCGCGCCGUCGCCACCAACAAGUUAUGUUUUGACUGUGGAGCAAAAAAUCCAAGCUGGGCAAGCAUAACAUAUGGAGUUUUCCUCUGUAUUGACUGCUCUGGGACUCAUCGCUCACUUGGCGUUCACUUGAGUUUCGUUCGAUCCACAGAAUUAGACUCAAACUGGUCAUGGUUUCAGUUGAGGUGCAUGCAAGUUGGAGGAAAUGCAAAUGCUUCUGCAUUCUUUCAUCAGCAUGGUUGCACCACAAAUGACACCAAUGCCAAGUAUGGCAGUCGUACUGCACAGCUCUACCGGGACAAGAUUAGAGUUCUUGCAGCUCAGGCAACACGGAAAUAUGGCACAGAUUUAUGGAUAGAUGGCUCCGGAGCCCCUCCUUUAUCACCUCAAGAGAAAGAAGAAGACUUCUUUGCCUCUCACGUCUCUACUCGGGUUAGUAACCUGGAAUCAUCACCACAGGAAAAAAUUAAUCCACUGCAGAAUUCUUCAGAAAAUAAUUCAGAAAGCAAAGAUGAAGAUCCAGAAUAUGGACCAAGUGUCGAUUACCUUAGUGUAUCGCCUGAAGCUAAUUUAGCCAACUUGGAGAAGGUAGAUACUUCAGGCACCGCACCUAACAAAGAACUCAGUUGUGUGAUGAAGAAGAAACCAAAUCAAGUAAAAAAGGGAGUUGGAGCUAAGAAAUGUGGUUUGGGGGCCCAGAAACUGAGCAGCAAGAGUUUUAACGAGAUAGAAAAACAAGCACAGGCAGUAGAUAAACUGAAGGAAGCUGGCAAAGCAACAGAGAAGGAAGAACCAUUGGUAUCAUCUUUACGACUGGCCUACAAAGAUCUUGAAAUUCAGAUGAAGGAUGAAAAAUUAAAUGUGCCUGGUAAAAAGAAAACAGAGAUAGAAAGACUUGGCAUGGGAUUCAGUAAUAGUAGAAGUGGUAUUUCCCAUUCGGUAAGUUCAGAUAUGCAGAUCAUACAGCAAGAAACACCAACAAGUUCAAAAUCGAGAAAAAAGUAUAACGAUGAAGAUGAUUUCUAUUUUGCUUGUACCAAUUCAAGAUAUUUUGAUACACCUGACUUGAGAAGUAGUGCUUUUCCUAAAUGGGAUGACAAUUCUGAUUCUUUCUGGAAGAAAGAAAGCAGCACCAGCAGGGACAUUGAUAUGAUUUUGUCUUCCAAGCCUACAAGCUAUUCAGAGAGGUCAUCGUCUCGUAGGAAACUAGAGCAUGAAAACACUGCAAGCACAGAUGAAGCACAAAAGAAAUUUGGCAAUGCAAAAGCUAUUUCAUCAGAUAUGUAUUUUGGAAAGCAAGACCAUGCUGAAUAUGAAGCUAGAGUUCGGUUAGAAAGGCUUUCUGGGAAUGCUGCCAUAAGCUCAGCGGAUUUGUUUGAAGAACAAAAGAAACAGCCAUCAGGCAAUUACAAUAUUUCAAAUGUCUUGCCUGCUGCUCCUGAUAUGACUCAGUUUAAACAAGGAGUGAAGUCUGUGGCCGGAAAGCUUUCCGUUCUGGCAAACGGUGUCAUGACCUCUAUUCAGGAUCGCUAUGGUUCUUAACCAUUAUGGUUCAUGUGACUGGAUAUCUAGAAGAUUUAAAAAAAACAUUUCUAUGCCUACCAAUAAUUAUAUUGCAGACGAACAUGAAGUUGCCUUUAGUCUGCAAAAUAUGUAAUCCUAAUUUCUGGCACUUAUAUAUUUUUAAUGGGAGUCUUUUUUUUUUUUUUUGGCUCCUCAUAAUAUUCAUUUAUUAUUUCUGUUGUCUUUCUCUCUCCCCUCCCCGCCUUAUUGUACUACAAGUUAAUUGGCUACAUUGAAUUUGCUUCUAAAACAGAGCAAAAAGCAAUAUGGAAUCCUAUUUACUUUCCCAGAAUACUACUAGGCUAAGAAUUAAUUCAAUUUUAUAAAUCUGAGGAUAAGUGGUCAUUUAAAAUUACUUUUCAUUGUCUCUCUGAAAAGGAGAGUGGCGGUUAAUUCCUUGAAAAGUGCCUAUUUUAGGGGCAGGGGGGGGACAUUAAUCCUACUAAGAUAUUUCACUCUAUGGGGAUACAGGUAAUUGUUGAAAGAUACAAAUAUAAAAGAAUAAGAAGGUUUAAGGAAUGCAGAAGCCUAUAAGAUAUGGAAAUUCUUACGUGAGAGAUAAUGGUGGGGUCUC